GAGACCUGUCACCUGACAGGAUUCCUCGGAGCGUUGGGGCUCGGGGGGUGGAAUGAGCCUCAGUGUCAUGUGCCAGCGCCGCCCCGCGCGUGUCUCAGAUUGGUCCUCCCACCGGAGCAGCUGGUGUCCCCGCGUUCACUCGAGGAAAUGGAAGGGCAGAGCUAGUGGAGUGAGCACCCCAUCAGGGGACGCAUCCAAGCCCCGCGCGGGGCCAGCGCCUCCGUGGCUCUGUAGUGGACAUCGAGAAGGCGAGGAAGCUAUGCCCCAGACGUCCAUCAUCUGCUCCAGCGUACUUGGGCCCAGCUGUAGUGGACAGGUGCCGCCGGGCAUGGGGGAGCGAGGAGGUGGGGCCGGCGGCUCCGGGGACCUCAUCUUCCAGGAUGGCCGCCUCAUUUCUGGGUCCCUGGAGGCCUUGAUGGAGCACCUGGUCCCCACAGUGGACUAUUACCCUGAUAGAACAUACAUCUUCACGUUUCUCUUGAGCUCCCGGGUCUUCAUGCCCCCUCAUGACCUGCUGGCCCGUGUGGGGCAGAUCUACCUGGAGCAGAGGCAGCAGCUGGACGCCGGGUCUGAGAAGGCCAUGCUGAAGUCCUUCUCAGCCAAGAUUGUGCAGCUGCUAAAGGAGUGGACAGAGGCCUUCCCCUGUGACUUCCAGGACGAGAAGGCCAUGGCCGAACUGAAGGCCAUCACCCACCGGAUCAUGCAGUGUGAUGAGGAGAACGGCACGGUGAAGAAGGCCAUUGCCCAGCUGACGCAGAGCCUGCUGCUGUCCCUGGCCGCCCGGAGCCAGCUGCAGGAGCUGCGGGAGAAGCUCCGCUCGCCGGCUGUGGAUAAAGGGCCCAUCCUCAAGGCCAAGCCCCCAGCCUCUCAGAAGGACAUCCUGGGCGUGUGCUGUGACCCCCUGGUGCUGGCCCAGCAGCUGACUCACAUUGAGCUGGAGAGGGUCAGCAGCAUCCACCCCCAGGACCUGAUGCAGAUUGUCAGCCACACGGACUCUCGGGACAAGCACAGGUGCCGAGGGGACCCGACCAAGACCUACAGCCUGGAGGCCUACGACAACUGGUUCAACUGCCUCAGCAUGCUGGUGGCCACCGAGGUGUGCCGGGUGGUAAAGAAGAAGCAGCGGACCCGCAUGCUGGAGUUCUUCAUCGACGUGGCCCGGGAGUGCUUCAACAUCGGGAACUUCAACUCCAUGAUGGCCAUCAUCUCUGGCAUGAACCUCAGUCCUGUGGCUCGGCUGAAGAAAACAUGGUCCAAAGUUAAGACGGCCAAGUUCGAUGUCUUGGAGCACCACAUGGAUCCUUCCAGCAACUUCUGCAACUACCGCACGGCCCUCCAGGGGGCCACACAGAGAUCCCAGAUGGCCAACAGCAGCCGAGAGAAGAUUGUGAUUCCUGUGUUCAACCUUUUCGUCAAGGACAUCUACUUCCUGCACAAAAUCCACACCAAUCACCUGCCCAAUGGGCACAUCAACUUCAAGAAAUUUUGGGAGAUCUCCAGACAGAUCCACGAGUUCAUGACCUGGACGCGGGUGGAGUGUCCCUUUGAAAAGGACAAGAAGAUUCAGAACUACCUGCUUACGGCGCCCAUCUACAGCGAGGAAGCACUCUUCAUCGCCUCCUUCGAAAGCGAAGGGCCCGAGAACCACAUGGAGAAGGACAGCUGGAAGACCCUGAGGACCACUCUCCUCAACAGAGCCUGAAGCGUGGGUGCGGCCUGUGACCGAGGAUGUGCACGUGAACCGAGCUUUAACCUUGACCUGGGUGGAGAUGGGGCGGCCUCACUGGUUGGGGCCCAUUUUGUAUAUAACUUUUAUGGAAAAAAUGGUAAUUAUUUCAUGCAUCAACCUUUGGCGCAAAGUGUUUUUGUUCCUUUUAAAUAACAGGGCAGCGCCCUGGUUCAGGGAGGGGUGGGGAAGGAGUAUCAUGGGAGAUGGCAUCCAUGAUCACAUCUUGGCCUAAUGAAGCGUAGAUUUUUAUUUUCUACUUUUGAUUAUAUUCACCGAAUGAGAAAAUAUUUUAAAAAACCCUACCAAAACCAAUGUGAGCCCUGCCUGCUUGGACGCCCCUCCAGCCAGUGUCUCGGAUGUCAGGGCUGGUGCCUUAGAGGGUCCCAGAGGGCGGCCCGCGGCCGGCGGCGCCUGCCCGCAAAGCCUGGGCCCACGAAGCCAGGGCCGCAGCUUCCAGGUUCCCACAAGGCCUUGGGAGGCCAGGAGGUCUCGUUCGCAUACUUCUGGAAGCAAACCUUUGAGUGCGGGCUUUCCAAAGUUUACAUUUCCUUUUCCUUUAUCAGGGAUUUCUGGGGUCGGGGGGGAGGGGCAGGGGGACACCUGGCGGCAUAUUUUUCUGUUGGAACAUGUCUGGCCAAUCUUUCUUCAACUACAUUUUAGGAAAAUAGAAAAUCUAAAAUAACGAAAGGCGAGGGAGUUGUGCAAUUGUCCGUUUUCUCGGUGUACGUGGGACACACUCUGCCCAGCAUUGGGAGGCAGUUUCCACUCUCAGAUGCACUGAGCACCCUCCACAGCGACAUCCUGGCCGUGGGCCGGGGCCUCCCUGCUCCCUGAGAGCGGGAGGUGGGCCAACCACGCGGCCUGCGUGGCCCUCGUGGUGGCUUUCCUUUGUGGCGCUCCUCACCCUGGUCUCUCCAUACGCCUGGCUCUGCAGGCGCCUCCAGCGAGAGGCCUGCCCGCUGCUGCUCCCACCGCUCCCAGGACACCCGGAGGUGCGGGCCAGGCCUCAGGAAGGGGUGGCUCUGUGGUCGCUGCUGCCGUCGCCUGUCACUGGGUGGAGCGAGAAUAUUUGCACUGUAUUGUCACAGUGUUUUUGCACUUUCCAGAUGUCCUAGAUAGUACAUAUUGUAUAUUGAUAGUACAUAUCGCUUUGUUUAUGUAUUUGAGAUAAAGGCUUAAACCUGAGAGUAUAUAUUUGGAAUACGCGUUAGAGCAUUUUCUGUCCACGUGUAAGGAGUUUCCCGUCACCUCCACGUCGCGGCCCCAGUUGUGUGCUCACCUCACCUGUCUGUGCUGCCACUUCAUCUUCCCAGUUGGGUCCAUCUCCUGACUGUGAUGUGUUGGUAUUUUGAGAUGAACUGUGAGCAUCAAGCUGUACUGUAACACAGCAUGUCAGCUGUUGGUGUGACUGGACAUACUUGCAUCAAUAAAAGAACAUGUUGCUCCCC